AUGAUUUCUCAUUAUGAAAUCUUCAGAAUUCUAUAUCUUAAUCAAAUAAUUAUUGGGGUUCUAGGAAACUCUUUCCUCAUAUUCCUAUACAGUUUUAAUUUAAUCACAAAUCAAAAGAUAAAACCAAUCAUUUUGAUUCUCAUUCACUUACUCUUUACCAACAUAAUUUUCCUUCUUUUCCGGGGAAUCCCCAAAAUAAUUGAAUUUUGGAGUUUAAACUAUUUUGUGGAUUAUACUGCUAGUAAAAUCAUAUCUUACCUGCAGAGAGUUACCCGAGGUCUUUCCCUCUGCAGCUCGUGCCUCCUGAGUGUCUUCCAGGCUAUCACCAUCAGUCCAAGUAGUUCCAGGUGGGCAGAAAUCAAAGCCAAAGUUCCAAAGUAUGUCUUAGCCUGCAGUCUUCUCUGCUGGAUUUGUAAUCUGCUGAUGGAUUUAGUAGUGCCUGUAUAUGGUGCUGAUUCAAGCAACACAACAUACAGUAACAAGAGAUGGCAAAUAGGUUUUAGUGCUUUAGACCUCUAUCCCACCAAAACUUUAUUAUUCCUUAUCUGGAAAUUUGUUUAUGAUUUCAUGUUUGUAGGUCUUAUGGCCAUUACCAAUGGUUACAUGACAUUUGUCUUCUACAGACAUCAUCAGAAAAUCCAAAACAUUCAAGUCACCAGUCUGUUUCACAGGAGUUCCCCAGAAGUCCAAGCCACAAAAACUAUACUGCUACUGGCCAGUACCUUUGUCAUCUUUAAUUUAGUGAGUUCCACAUUUAUGAUUUAUAUGACUUUUACUAAAGUAGUGAGUUCUGUGAUGCUUAAUGUUUCUGCUUUCCUUUCUUUGUGCUUCCCAACAAUCAGCCCCUUUAUUCUCCUCAAGUGUGACUCUAAGAUCACUAGAUCCUGCUGCAUUUAUCGAGGGAUCAACAAGCUGUCUCUGAAUCCAAAAUUGAAACCAUAA